AUGUAUGGAAAGGAUACAGGUACAGAUCGGAAAGUGGCGUGGAGGAGCAAAGUCCCCUCAGUUAGGCUGAGGUUUCCAGUGGCUCCAAACAGAGACGCAGAGCUGCAAAGUGCUCAGUUAAGGAUACUGACUCCACCUCAAUACAACGAUGUUUCCAGUGUCAACGUUCAAGUAAAUCUUGUUCUCGGUUCACGAAGAAAACGACUUAUAGAAGAAAGGACGUUUUACCUGUCCCGGAAUUCAUCAAAGUGGUGUGAGGCAGACGUUACUAGUGCAAUGCAAUUGUGGCUUAGUGGAGAAGUAAAUUUAGGAAUAGAAUUAGUGUGUUUGGAUAGGAAAUGUAAUUUAGAUCCCUUAGAAGCUGGUAUAACUACCUUAGUUCAUACAAGCGAAACUCGACGAGUGCGAAGAUCCAUUUAUCACAAAGAGAGAAGAACUGACUGCCAGAAAGGCAGAAAAAAGAGAAGGUGCUGUAGACAAAAUAUGAAAGUAACUUUUAGUAAACUCGAAUUUCCCGAAAUGAAUUUCAUAGUCGAACCAAAGGUGUACGAAGCUGGAUAUUGCCAUGGGCUAUGUCCUCCCAACUUCAAUCACGCAACCAAUCAUUCUAGGAUACAAAGUCUCAUGCAUCAAAUGGAGAAAAGAAACGCUUCUAGUAGAACUUCUAGAAGGAUUAUACCAAAAGCAUGUUGUGCGCCCUCUAAAUUAGGCUCUUUAGAAAUUUUAUUAGUUGAUAAGGACGAUCCUAGCAAACUUAUGGUAGAAAAGUGGGAUAAUAUGAAAGUAAUAGAGUGUGCAUGUUCUUAG